AUGGAUGAACAUAUAUAUAUAUAUAUAAUUAUAAUUCCUUAUUAUGCAAUUUUCGUGAAUGGAAAAAUAUGCAAAGAUCCAAAGGUUGUCACUGCUGAUGACUUCUUCAAAUCAAGCUUAAACGUAGCUGGAAAUACUUCAAAUAAUAUUGGAUCUGCUGUAACUGUUGUGAACGUCUUUAAUUUACCUGAGCUGAACACUUUGGACAUUUCGUUAGUUCGUAUUGAUUAUGCACCAUAUGGCGUCAACCCGCCACACAUGCAUCCUAGAGGAGCUGAGAUUCUUGUUGUCCUUGAGGGCACGCUCUACGUUGGCUUUGUCCUUUCGAAUUCCGGCCCAAAUAUGAAGAACAAGCUCUUUACCAAGAUUCUACAUCCUAGAGAUGUGUUUGUUUUCCCUAUAGGUCUCAUUCAUUUUCAAUUUAAUGUGGAAAAGACUAAGGCGGUUGCAUUUGCUGGACUGAGUAGUCAAAAUCCAGGAGUCAUCACUAUUACAAAUGCAGUAUUUGGCUCAGACCCACCAAUCAAUGACGAUGUCCUUGCCAAAACAUUCCAAGUUGAUAAGAAAGUUGUGGAUUAUCUCCAGUCACAAUUCUGGUGGGACAACAACUAAAUUAGCCGUAUAAGCCAGACUAUAUAUGGUGCUAUAAUUAUUUAUAAUGUGUGUUUUAUUUUGUAAUCGUUAAUAAACUUCAAGAUUAAUUAU